AUGAUAGCUGACACUCCAGUAGCAAGUAGCUCCAAAAGGCUGACAAAUCACUCUGCCAGAAAAACCCUCGUGAAGAAGCUGCGAUUAAACAACGUCGAGCGUUCGUCCAUCAUGAAUAUGACUGGUCACAGGAACGAACAGUCGCUGAACGACUACGACGAAGGGAACGAGAAUGAGCAAAGGCACAUCUCCGAUCUAAUCGGCAGCUCCAAAUCAGUCAAGCCAUUGAGUAAACGAAAGCCAAUGUCCAUGAAUAUGAUGAACAUUCUUCCGCCAAGCGCACAGCAGCCUUCCACUUUAAGAGGCUUUGAACGACUCGGUUUCUUCCCCACCAACACAUUUAACAAUU